GACUGAAGGUAACACCCGUCCGUCCCCAUAGAGACAGGCUCCUACAACAGGGCUCCGCUACAUCCGCUAGUCCUCUGUCAGAGGCGAUGACAGCCGCUGUAUGAAGCAGCCGGCCGUGGGACAUUAAUAUUUUCCUCGAAAACAGACUUCCGGACGGUUGCCAAUCACAUUUUUUAUUAUUGGAUUAACGACCAUCAGCCGCCAGCCGCAGCUUUAUUCUGAGAGGCCGGAGAUUUGUAUCGCUGGGCGGGGAGGAGUCUGUUAUUUCACCGUUAGCUGAAGCCAGGCCAGCAUGUCGGCGUUUUAACACAAUACAUCCAUCACAAAGCAGCGGAGAGGACCAAAUGUGCUCUUAGAGGAUGGAUGUGGAGGUGAGUGCUGGCAGGGACAGCACCUGGAGGAGAGCAGCAGCAGCAGCCGAUGAUGAUGGUGGUGGAGGUGGAGGCGGAGGAGGAGGCGUGGAGGCUCAGGUUGUACCACUGGAGCUCUACGACUCCGCAAGAGCCAAAAUAGAAGCAAAUCUCCGCUGGCUGUUUGCCAAAGCCUAUGGUAUAGAUGACAUCCCUGCAGACCUGCGGGAUCCCUUCUAUACAGACCAGUAUGAGCAGGAACACAUCAAGCCCCCCAUCAUCCGCCUGCUGCUGUCUGGAGAGCUCUACUGCCGUGUAUGUGGGCACAUCCUUCAUGCUGAGCAGGCUGCCUCGCUCCAAAGCCACCAGUCUGUCAUCCAGAACCUGUCCAGGAAAGGCAUCUAUGUCCUGGAGGCCGACAACACACCAGUGUCUGAUCUGGAUCUCAGUUCAUUCCCCAUCAAAAUGAACUCCCACAUCCACCUCAUUGAUGCCCUGAUAAUGGCCUACACAGUGGAAAUGAUCAGCAUAGAGAAGGUGGUGUCCAGUGUCAAGCGCUUUUCAAACUUCAGUGCCUCCAAGGAGCUUCCUUUUGACCUGGAAGAUGCAAUGGUCUUUUGGAUUAACAAGGUGAACAUUAAGAUGAGGGAGAUCACAGAAAAAGAGUGUAAAAUGAAGCAGCAUCUGCUGGAGUCUCCCAGCCACCAGAAGCCUGAUAUAAUGCAUGCUCUGGCCCAUUGCUUAUUGGAGCCUGUGGAGUUCUCUCGUGUGGUGCGUUACCGCAGAGAUCACCUAUCAGGUCGGACACUUCAGCACUUCCCCCUGCUGGACGACCUGUUCAAGGAUGUGUGUGACGGCACAGCUCUGCUGGCUGUGAUCCACUUCUAUUGCCCAGAACUUAUCAGACUGGAAGAUAUCUGUCUGAAGGAGGUUCCUUCUAUAGCAGACAGCGUGUACAACAUCCAGCUACUGAGGGAGUUUUCUAAUGAGUACCUGAACAAAUGCUUUUAUCUAAAUCCUGAGGAUCUGCUGUACUCUCCGCCAGUACUAAAGAAUAAUGUCAUGGUCUUCAUUGCUGAGCUUUUCUGGUGGUUUGAGAAUGUGAAGCCAGACUUCGUACAGCCCAGGGAUCUUCAGGAAGUCAAAGAUGUGAGACUGUUGCUGCAGCCUAAAAGUUCUCGAUCCUAUGUACCCAUCUCUAACGUUACCAAACGAAGUUUCCUGACAUCAUCAAGCUCUGCAGAUGUUUUGACCACGCCACUGAGCCCAGACCUCAGCACUAAACAAAGCUCAACAAGUCCAUCUCACUCUUUACUGCCCCUGAGACAGAGACAACAGAAGGUGACUGAGGAGAGCUCUUCAGAUGUGAGAAAUAGGUCCAACUCUCUGACACGUACAGAAGGACAACAUCAGGGCUCCAUACUGGCUUGGCCAGAAAGGAGGGCGAGACCUUUAUCACAGCCAGCCCCCUAUGCUCUGCAUUUUGCCCAGGAGGACGAUGCCGACAGUAUCAGCCUUGCUCGCUCCAUCAGCAAAGACAGUUUAGCCUCUAACAUCAUGAGCAUCACCCCCAAACACAUGCUGGGGUCAGGUCUGUCCCAGCACAGACUCAGUGGCCAAAGCCUGCUCAGUCACAUGCGCAUAGAGGAUGAAGAAGAGGAAAUAGAGGAGGAGGAACUGGUUGCUGUCAUCCACCCCUCUGCCUUUUCUCGUAAACGAAUUGGGAGUGACAUGGAGCAGGACGAGCUGGAAAUACAGAGUGCAGCCUCCACCUCAAGGGUUCCUAAAACUUCUUGCUCUCCCCGUCUUGAUACGGGUCCCUUUACUCUGGACCACCAGGCAGACAGCUACUUUCUAGAGCCUUUGAUACCCGCAAUCCCUAAGCCAGCCAAAGAGAAGAGCAUCAGCUUGAACAAGCAGGAGGAGAGUGGCGAGAGUCGCUUUAGACCAGUGGCAGGUGCAAGGAAAGCAGCUAUCAAUGUCCCAAGCGCCUCACAGAGAAAAUCCCCCAUGGCUGAGUCAAACAGAAGUAUCUGUACACCCACACUGAUGGUAGAAUCAGUCCCUACCUCUCUCAGGCCACCCACUGAGGGCUCAGCUGGCAUCUCUCAGUCUGGGAAGAAACAGUCUCAAGGCUUUUUCUUACAUUUGUCAGGAGAAUCAGACUGUCACAGUCCUUUCUCCACUGGGCUGGAGGCCGGACAUGACUCUGACUCUGACAUUGCAGACCUCGAAGAAGAUGAUGACGACGAUGAUCAGAUGGAGCUGACUAAAGAGGUGGUAAAGAGAGGAAGGGGGAGGUUCUUAGAGGAGGGAGACUUGACUGAAUUUGGGGAGGGAGAAGGGGAGUCUGCCAAACUGCGGGAAGACUCAAAAGUUAGCGAGCGGGAUGAUAAGGAGGAUGGUAGUGGACGCUCGAGCCCUUGCCCCAGUACCAUAUCCUGGGCGAGCAGUUGCAGCGCGUCAGGCAGUGCCAGUGUCAAGAUGACAAGCUUUGCAGAGAGAAAGCUCCUUAAACUUGGUCUCCGGGAUGGAUACUCAAGCACCAGCAGCUCCCAGAAGACCACACCUGAUGGCUCUGAGGUUGCCCCCUGCCCUCCCUGGCAACUGAGGAGUGAGCCCACCUCAGGCUGGCUGGGGAAGGAGCCAAGCACUGUGUUGGGGAAGAAUAUGAUGGCUAGUCCUCCAGUUGUGCCUUCAGAGCUGCUGCAACUUCACAUGCAGCUGGAAGAGCAAAGACGUGCAAUAGAGUAUCAGAAGAAGAAGAUGGAGACCUUAUCGGCAAGGCAGAGACUAAAGCUGGGGAAAGCAGCAUUCUUGAACAUUGUUAAGAAGGGUGGAGGGAGAAGUGACACACUUCCUUUACCCCUGAAACACCCCCAGGAAUCCGCAGAGCUAACAGCUGCUGACAGGAGUAAAUCAAAGACACAUUCCUGCAGAGAUGAUUCCUGUCUUGAUGCUCUGAAGGUGCAGGCAAGAGCAGGUCAAACUGAGGGAGGACAGGUGAACAGAGACAACAAGUUGAACCCCAUGUCUCAAGAUAAUGGGGCUGAACCUGACUUGAAUGAAUGCUCUCGCUCCAUAGAUCUACUCAAUGAAGCUAUCAGUUCUAUUCAGCAGCAGAUGAUGCAUCUCUCCUUACAGCAAGACCUGCUGAUGAAGCAGAGUGUGGUCUCACCCCCAGACUCUGUACAAUCAGACCCAAGCACAAACCCCAACACAGCGCAAACAGAACUCUCUACCUCAGACUCCAGAUCUUAUGCAGUUCAUUUUGUAGAUAUCAGUGGCAGAAAUCCUGUCCCGGCCCGACGUCCUCCUAAGCUUAGCUCCAGCCAACGCAGCAAAGCCUCAGAGCGGAAACAGAGUAAAGAACACAGCAGGGCGGCUUUGGUGAAGUUAAACGUCCCGUCCCCAGACUGCAUACUUUCUGCUGAGACAGGAAGUAUCAUCGAGAGCUCCAGAACUGAUAAAAGUGUUCAGAGAAGCACCACCUUCAGAGUCCGUGACGGCAUCGGAGAAGGAACUCGACGCUGCUCAGAUAAACCUCAAUCACAGGAUCCACCAGUCAUCUCCAAUGCAUCCAACUCAGACUCACAGGAUGCAGAACAAGAGAUCAAAGCUGUCAUCUCAGGGAAGGAGUUUGUUGGUGGCGAUGACUCUACCAGGGUUAAGGGUCAACUCAUUGAGGUAGACUUGUCAGAGGUGAAAGAUAGACUGGAGGAUGGCAGCACAGACGCUACAGAUGGCAUGGCAGAAGGAGAACAGAAGAAUGUGUUAGGCUUCUUCUUUAAGGAUGAUGAGAAGGCGGAGGAUGAAAUGGCGAAACGUCGAGCUGCCUUCCUCCUCAAACAGCAGCGCAAAGCUGAAGAGGCAAGACUGCGCAAACAGCAGCAAGAAGCCGAGAGUGAAAUCAAGCGUGAUGAGGCUCGACGAAAGGCGGAAGAGGACCGUAUUCGUAAGGAGGAAGAAAAGGCACGCAGAGAGCUAAUUAAACAGGAAUACCUGCGGAGGAAACAGCAAGCCCUCAUGGAGGAGCAGGGCCUGGUCAAGCCUCGUCCACGGACUAAAUCCCGCAGGAACAGGCCUAAAUCACUGCACCGUGAAGAGUCCAACAGCCUCUCCAAAGGAUCCACCACACGUAAUUCUCUGAAGGUGUCCAUGUUGAUCAAAGGCCAGGGCUCAGCAGCAGGCUGCAGGGGAGCUGAUCUGAGUUGCAGUCAUCGAGGAUCUACGCUCUCUUUGGCGACUGAGGUAGACAGUGUCAUUUCUGGAGGUGCAGAAUCACACAGGGCUGGAUCUGUGUGCUCCAUGGAGUCAUUCCCCCUGCUGAGCAGGGCAUCCAGCAGGAACAUGGAGCGAGACUGGGAGAACGGCUCCAUAGCCUCAUCCAUCACUUCAACUGAGUACAAUGGUCCUAAACUCUUCAAAGAGCCCAGCUCAAAGUCCAACAAGCCAAUCAUCAUCAAUGCCAUCGCCCACUGCUGUCUGGCUGGAAAAGUUAAUGAGUCCCAGAAGAAUGUUGUUCUUGAGGAGCUGGAAAAGUGUGAGUCCAAUCACCUUAUCAUCCUUUUCCGCGAUGGUGGCUGCCAGUUCCGUGCCAUUUACUCGUACUCACCAGACACCGAGGAGAUAGUCAAGUUCACAGGCACAGGGCCGCGUCAUAUCAGCCGCAAGAUGAUCGACAAGCUCUACAAAUACAGCUCAGACCGCAAGCAGUUCACUGUCAUCCCCGCUAAGACUGUGUCGGUCAGCGUGGACGCUCUGACCAUCCACAACCACCUCUGGCAGGUCAAAAGACCAGGGAGUGCACGGAGGAAGUGAGGAGGAAGUGAGGAGGAGGACACUUGCACCAGUUUCUGUUCUAUCCACCACUGUUGGGCAGGACCCAAUAAUCUUGACUUGUCAUUAGAGUGGGGAGGGUUAGAUGUUCUCAUUAAUGAAGGAUGUGGCAGUUAGAGAUUAUGAAACACCUGCCAACUCAAUGUACUCUCCUUUUUCUUUUCAUUUUGUUUUUAUUCUGCAUGUCACCUGUCAGUAUUUUAAUUUGUGGGUACGUCCUACAUCAGUUAGGCACUUGGUUCCUUAUGUAGCAGUGAAGAGAGACUGGACCUGGAGUUGAAUAUUACUGGAUCUACUCACAGUAUCAAGCGUACUACUGACAAGUGCAACUACAGACAGGCAGCGAUGAACUUGAUAGCGUCUGUAAGUUUUGCUAUUUCAGCUUAGCAAAAACAAAACAAACAAAAAAAAAAAAACCUACUUCUGUGAUUAAUCCGGGCUGCUCAUACAGACACUACUUCUACUGCUGGUACAUGCUUUUUUGAGGAGGGGGCUUUGAACAGACUUUUUUAUGUACCUAUGGAAUGGAUGUUAGUCCAUGGUAAUGUCUCGUCUUGUUUUCUAUCUAGUGUGUUUGGGGAAGUGUGUGAGUCUUUGUGUUAGGGAGGGGGAAAGCUGAAUGCGCUCUUCAUGCGUUCAGCCCUGAAUGUGUUUACUCUCAUGAUUAUGCUUUAAAACUUCUGUUAUGCAACAGAACAACUGUGUUUUGUUUUUUUUUUUUAGUUUUGGAAGCUGUGUGCUGCUGUGAAGGUGGAAGACAAAUGAUGUUAUUUUUACACUAAGGGAAAUUCUACUAGUAUUUGUUCCAAACAGGAAGCGCUUUUGAGACUGCAUUAUACCAUAUCAGCAGUGCAUAUUGUAUUUACUUCGUAUGUAUAUUCCACCGCCCAUAUGAGCCAUCUGAGAUCUCUGACUGGCUCAUAUUGCCGAACCAAAAUGACUGAGCUAUACCACUGAGCUGUUUGCUGCUCAUUAACUGCUCACUGGAUUCUGUGCAUUUUUAAUGUAGCUUCUGGCGCUCAGCACUAGUAAUUUCCCUGUAAUGACUGAUUGUCAGCGGCUGGUACAAUGUUUGGGAAAACUGCACAAUACUUGAUAUUUGUUUGCUGCAUUUUGUACAUUUUUGAGUAGUAUUUUUUGUAUGUUACGUACAAGUUAUGUUUACUAAAAAGCAGGCACUAUUUUGAGGUUUAUUCUGUUACAGGCGUCCACAGAUGUUCUAAGUCUGAUUUCAUUGUGUUAAAUUGUAUGUUUAUUUAUUUUGAAGAGAUAUAAUAAAAUGCAACUAGGUAUGUUUUCUUGCUAAA